AUGGGCUUUGACUAUGCAAUUGUCCAUGUCAAAUACACCAUACCGCCCGCCGUACUGCUUACCCUGCUGUACCGGCCGCUCUUCACCAAGCUCGAUGCCUUCAAGGUCUUAUUCCUGGUGACCGUCGCCGUCACUGCAACAAUACCUUGGGACUCGUAUCUGAUCCGCACCAACAUAUGGAGUUACCCGGACCAUGUCGUUAUUGGCCCCACGCUGCUUGACAUUCCUCUCGAGGAAGUCUUCUUCUUCUUCAUCCAGACGUACAACACCACGUUGCUGUAUCUGAUCCUCAGCAAGCCCACGUUUCAACCCGCAUACCUGCGCGCCGGGCGCCCCACCGCAUCGUCGCCGUGGAAGUAUCAGAAGCUCGCUGGACAAUUGUUUCUCGUUGGGGCGACCGUCUGGGCCGGGCUGCGCGUGCACGAAAAUGCCAAGGGCACCUACACAGGGCUCAUCGUUGUCUGGGCGGCACCUAUUAUUCUGCUGCAAUGGACUCUUGCCUACCAAUUCAUACUCGGCCUCCCGUGGACCAACACCGUCCUGCCCAUCGCAAUACCCACCUUGUAUCUUUGGCUCGUGGAUACGCUGGCCUUGCGAAGAGGCACAUGGGUCAUAAGUCCAGGCACCAAGUACGGCGUGCACUUGUGGGACGGUCUGGAGAUUGAGGAGGCUCUUUUCUUCUUCGUCACAAACACGCUGAUAGUGUUCGGUCAAUUGGCUUUUGACAAUGCUCUCGCCGUGCUGUACACAUUUCCAGCCCUGUUCCCCAAACCCCCAAGCAUGCCAACGCCACUCGACUUGAUAAACGCUCUGUGGGUGUCACCAUACAAGUAUGAUCGCGCACGCCUGGCAGGCCUUCAGGAUGCUGUAUUGCGCUUGAAGCGCAAGAGUCGAAGUUUUUACCUGGCCUCUGCAACCUUUCCAGGACCAUUGCGAUCGGAUCUUCUGUUGUUAUACUCCUUCUGCCGCGUUGCAGACGACCUCGUGGAUAACGCGGCUACAGCGGAGGAAGCCAAAGAGUGGAUAUCCAAGCUCCACCAAUAUCUUGACUUAGUGUAUAGCGAUGCAAAGUCGAGCACCGUCUCUGAAGAUUUCGUACAGGCUCACUUUCCAUCCGACGCGCGCUCAGCGCUUCUCCAGCUGCCAGCCCACAAAUUGCCUCGUCAGCCGUUACAAGAUCUGCUGCAUGGCUUCGAAAUGGAUCUUGCUUUCAACACCUCAUCCCCAAUCAAGACAGAGACUGAUUUGCGUCUCUACUCGGAGCGUGUGGCCGGCACCGUGGCUCAGAUGUGUAUAGAGCUGAUAUUUCGCCUGUAUCCUAGUAACAUGACUUCCGGCGAGGAGCGUAAAGUUGUAGAUGCCGGGAACCAGAUGGGGAUGGCGCUCCAAUACGUCAACAUUGCUCGGGACAUCUCCGUGGACGCGCACAUUGGCCGCGUUUACCUACCGUUGGAUUGGCUUCAGGAAAGCGGUCUGACCUACGACGAGGUUCUUAUUAGUCCCGAGGGCGCACGGAUGGAAUCCUUGCGCAUGCGGCUGCUAGAGAAAGCCUUUUCAAUAUAUGACGGAGCAAGGGGGGCGAUAGAAACUCUGCCUGUAGAAGCUCGCGGCCCCAUCCGCGUUGCUGUAGAGAGUUACAUGGAGAUUGGAAGGACGCUUAGACAGAAGGGCUACACCGUGAGGGCUGGACGGGCCACGGUGUCGAAGUGGCGGCGAGUCAUUGUUGCUUGGAGAACAUUAAAUAAGAGUAUUGCUUAG